GGCGCAAGGCAGAAGUCACGUGCUCGGCGGCCGUGUGUUUCCUGGCUGGUGGGGGAGGGGUUUGGACAAGAUGGCCGGAUCCACAGGUCUGUGUUGAGAGGAAGGCGGGGGGCGCCUUGGAAGGGCUGGCGGGGGGCUUUCGCCGGGGAGGGGGGGGUUCUCUCCCUAGAGACCCCGGUGGCGGGUCCCCGGCGCGGCUCAUUCCGUGGAGAGCGGUCGGCGCCAGCGCAGCCGGGCCAAGGUUCCGGCGCCGGCGGGAGAGGAGGGCGGGGAGGCCGCGGGGGUUGGCGCUGGGGCCGGAGUCUUCCUCUUGGUGCUGCAAGGGAUGCGGGGAGGAGACGCCUGCGGGGCUGGCAGAGGCAGGCGGUGCAGCCGGGAGGUGGGGAGGCCGAGGCAGCUUUCCGCUCCUGGGGUCGGUUUUUGUUCAGGGGAAGGUGGAAUUCGGGGUCUUCGGACCUCCUUCUCACGCUCGGGUUGGGUUUGGGUGAGAGGAAAUGUGGCGUUUCUUGAGUCUCUCUUCCGCCCUCCCCCCGCAACGUAAUACUGAUAAAUAUUCCCCUUCUCUUCGAAAACGAAGCCGACCCCAGUGGCAUUUAGGUGGCUUUUAAUAUCGCCGAUUCCGAAGUGCAGGCGUUGCUGGUUGCUGAGGGUAAGACAGAUACGUUCAACAAAAAACACGCAAAGUGUGUAUGGGGGCGUGUAAUUAAGUUCUGUCUUGGUCUUUUUGCUGAUGAGGUCCGUUGUUAAUCUUGCGUAUGAAUUUUGGUUACUGGCACGCUUCCCUCCUUUCCCGGUUGUGAUCUUGUCGAAGUAUUUCCAGCAAAACUCCAGAAGGAAAUUAGCGAUGAGCUUUGAGGCUUUGUAUUGAAUUUACUUUCUGUUUAUUUAAUCGUAUUGCUGAGGCAGUAGGCUAAGGGAAACCAAAACCUUUAAUACUUGGACCUUACAGUUCCCGUUUUCCUGACCUUCUGUUUCUUUUCCUCCCUACAUCCCCUUUUAUCCCAAUCCCAUUUCUUGUCUUUUUUGUAUACUGCCCACUUUUCAGCAUCCCCACUUACCUAAUUCCCCGCACCCUUCUUCCCACUUUCAGUUUAUUCUAGUUCCUACCACAAUUUUUCAGUACUAUGUCUCAAUUCUCCCCACUUCUCAUAAAAUGGUAGAAAUGCAAAUGUUUAUCAGUCUUCCAGUUCAUGCGGUUAUUGGUGAAGUGGAAAUAUUGCAGCUGAGUAGUGCUUAUGAACGAGGGGUGGCAGUUAUUCAAAAUUAAUGUGAAGUAAAAUCCAUAACUUAUACUAUGGAUUAUGUUACAAAGUUCAUUUGAGAUUUAAACAUGUCAAAUUAUUAUGGCAUGUUGUCCUUGAAGUCUGUUGUUGAUCAUAGAUGGUGUUACCAAAGAAUUUUACUUGAAAAUAAUAACCUUUAAUAAUUCUUUAAUAACCUGGGUCUACUUGCUUGAACUGUAAUUAUCUUCCUUUUCAUCGUUGGCAAUAUGUUUCUCACCUGGAUCUUUCACAGCACUGAUAGGUACUGAAUUUGAAAGGGUAUUUAAAUAAUUUUGACUUUGUGUUCCUGUAUUCCAGCCUUUUAUUUAAACACCGUUAAUAGGUGAUUGUUUUUGUAACUGUGGUUGGUACCUUGUGCUGAAUAAACUGUAAAUAAUUUUAAACCUGGAAGCUGUGCAUAUUGUUCAAUUAUCUUGAAAAGGCAUUUUCUUUCAGAUUCACAACAUGUAUCUAUUAGUCUAAUUAUUUUUAAUUGUGUUACAGCCACAUAGGAAUUAGCCAAAUAAAGCCAUACAUUAAUAAAAAUUAAAACUUCUUAAUAAUAUCAAACCCACCCAUAGCCCUGUUUUAACAUUUGUCACAAAAUACCUUCAUAAGUCAGGCUUGAUGGGGGAUGGGUGGAGUUUCAAACCUAGUGGGGGAACACUUGCUUGAUCUUAAUAUUCUGUGAUGGGACACAGAAUACAAGCUGCUAAGACAGUCGGUCCCAAACCAUUUAGUGGUUUAAAGAUCAAAACCAGUUCUACUGGGAAAUACAUUGUACAUACUUAUGGCUCUCUGUGUGGAGCAGGUUGCUAUGCACAGAUCUGGUUAAUAUUACAACUCACUUUUUCAACUUUAUAUGUUGUGCUUUCCCAAUAAUCAUGAAAUCUGGAUUUAAAAGUAUUGUUAGCAUGAACAUAAUUGCUGUUUUGCAUUGAAGUUCUUGAGUGACAAUCAAAAUAUAGGAUGUCGUAUUGGAUCCCAUGAUCUUCAGUUACCUGUAUUUGUGCCAACGCAGAAAAAACAAAAUAAGCAGUACAGUAUUUCUAUGUCCAGACAUAUGACUGCUUGGCUGUUUUUACUCGUUUAAUAAAUGCAGUCAACAAUACCUCCACAGUAUUUUAAAUAGCAACUCCUUUCAGUUAUUUUUUACUGAUGAAAUACAAAACAUAAACUGAUACAUAAUUUAUUUUUUCCAUUAAACAUUUACAACUUAUUUAUAACAAAACUAUUCAGAAUUUUGCCAGAGUUUGCUGCAAUUCAGGCCAGAAUUUUGUUUUUAGCAGCAUGUCUUUCCAUGAAAACUAGGGUGUUGUAGGAUAGUCUCUGGGCAUCACUGACAUGCCUUUCUUAAUUUGUCCAUUAACCAUAAACUGCCUUGCAUAGCUCCCAUCAAACGUCAUACAAAAACAGUUUCCAAGCUAUGUUCUCUUAAGGGAACCGUAAGCUUCUGCAGCAAAUGUAAACAGCUAAUGAGAGUUCAUUUCAUACUCUCAUUAUGAAUCUGCCUCUGGGCGAGGAAAAGCUCCUUUCAAAGAUAACACUCAGCACAGAAAAUCCACUAAUUUGGGGUUAUUAUUUUAAUUUACUAAAUCUUUAUUGGCACAUUUUCGAAGCAAAAGGAAGAACAAGCAAGUAUAGGUCCUCUGCAUGGAGAAGAUGGAGAAAUGCUAUAGGGUCACAGAGAGAAGGCAGAAUUGCUUAACACCUGCUUUGCCUCUGUCUUCACCCAAAAGGAAAGCAAUGACCAACCCAGUGAUAACAGAAUAAACAAUGCAAGGAGGGAGCUGCAGCCCAAGAUAGGAAAAGAGUGGCAAGGGAACACUUAGUUACUAAAUGAAUUCAAAUCUCCAGUGCUUGAUGGGCUGCACUCAAGGGUAAUAAAAGAGCUUGCAGAUGUGAUCUCCAAGUCUCUGCCUAUAAUAAUUGAGAAAUUUGUAGAACAGGUGAGGUCUCUGCAGAUUCUCCCCAUCUUCAAAAAUGUGAGAAAAGAAGACCUGGUAUAUAGAUAGCAGUAAAGGGUUGGUCUUUGAGAAUUUAAGAAAUAGUGCUUUGAUUACUAAGACUUUGCAUGGGUUUCUAUAAACAAGUCAUGCCAGACAGAGUUAAAAGUGUGGUUGAUCAUGAGAAUGGUGGGGGCAUAGUGUAUCUUGUUUUCAGUAAGGCUUUUGACAUAGUGCCCCAUAAUAUUCUUGCAGGGAAGUUGGUGGAUUGUGGACUGGAUUGGGUGACUGUUAGGUGGAUUUGUAGCUGGUUGACUGAGUGAACCCGAAUGGUUCCUCAUCUUGGGGAAAAAGUGAAAAGUGGGAUGCAACAGCAUUGUUCAGUGUCUUUAUAAAUGACUUGGAUGAAGGAAUUGAGGGGAUGCUCAUCAAAUUUAUAGAUGACACCAAACUGGGAUGGGUAGCUGCAGAAGACAGAAUCAGGACUCAAGAUAAUCUUAACAGAUUAGAGAACUGGGCCAAAACUAACAAAAUGAAUUUCAGCAGGGACAAAUGCUGUGUUCUACAAUUAGGCAGCAAGAACCAGCUGCACAAAUAUAAGAUAGGGGAGUCCUGGCUUGCCAGUAGUGCAUGUGAAAUAGAUGACAAACUUAAUAGGAAUCCACAGUGUGAUGAAGCAGCAAAAGAAGUAUAGUGGCCAGAUCAAGGGAAGUCACAAUACCACACUAUUUUGCCUUGGUCAGACGACACCUAGAAUACCAUGGCCAGUUCUGGGUGCCAGAUUUAAGAAGGAUAUUGACAAACUGGUAGGUGGACAAAGUAGGGCAACCAAGAUUACCACAGGUCUGGAAACUAAGCCAUAUGAGGAAUGGUUGAGGGAGUUGGCUAUGUUUAGCCUGGAAAAGAGGAGACUGAGAGGAGAGAUGAUAGGCAUCUUCACAUAUUGAAAGGGAUACCACAUGGAAGAUGGGGGCAAACUUGUUUUCUCCUGCUCUGGAGGGUAGGACCUGAACCAAUGGCUUCAAGUUACAAGAAGAGGGAUUCUGACAAAACGCCAAGAAGAACUUUCUGACAGUAAGAGCUUUUUGACAGUACAACAGACUACCUUGAAAGGUGGUAUACUCCCCUUCCUUGGAAGUUUUUGAGCAAAAGUUGUAUGGCCACCUGUCAUGGAUGCUUUAGUUGAGAUUCCUGCAUUGCACGGUGUUGGACUAGAUUACCCUUGGGGUACCUUCUACUCUAUAAUUCUGUGUUUUCAUUAUGCACAUGGAUAUAAUAUUUAAUGCUGCAGUUAGGGGAGGUAAUUAUUGGUCCAAAAGGGGGGUAUUUUUGUAGUCAACUAAUCAUGCAGAAAGAAAUGGUUCUGGCCUUUAUCAGAUGCUAAAUGUAGUUUUGCAUGUUUAGAAAUAUCUGUUCUUCUUUGUACAAUAACACUGUACAGAAUGUGAGUCUGAGGCUGCACAGCAAUACAGACAAAUGUUUUGUGUAUUAUCCAAAUGUUCACCAUUUGGUAAUGGUGAUAUGGUUCUAUACAAACAAAGGUAGUGAGCAGCUACAGCAUGUGAGCAAUUUAAAAAUUUAGUCUGCAAUACAUUGCUGUAUUGUGAGGGGUUCUAAUUCAAAAACUGUUUUCCAUGGCAACCAUUGGGCAUUCUUAAUCUUAGCUGGAAACUAUAGCAGGGCACUUAUGGAAAGGAGAUCUUUUGGUGUGUAAGGGGAAACUGCUUAUUGGCUAGUGUAAAGCAUGCUUUUGGUUGUGUGUAUGCUCAAGCUGAUUUUAGUCAUAUGUCCUGGAGUGAGUGCAUAGGGAAUUACUGCUUUGCUUAUAGUGGGGCAAAUCCUGGUUUAUUUAACUUCCCUUUUUCUUUUAAAGCCAAAUAUAUUUGUAGUCCUGCUUGAAGCAGAGUGCGGUGGGGAAGCUUUUACUCUAAGAAUGAAAAAUGGUCAGUAAUGGUGAUAACCUUCCCAUGGUUAGGAUUUCCUGCUCUGUUUUUUUGUAAUUAUAAAAGGCAACCACUUUAUUGGAAUCUACAGUGUAUUCCUUUACAGGUUGUGUGAUAUCACAGUAUGGCAUAGGUCAACUAAUUAUCUCCCAUUGCUGUAUUUCAGCAUAAUGAAUACACAUUUAGAUCUCCAGCAUCUCUGGUAUUUAGAAGUCUUGAAGAUAUUAUCUGUUAAAAUCCCUUAGCACUUUUCUCUCCCAAAAUAGCCACCUGAGCAUGCUUGUGGUCAAAGCAACUUAGGGCAGGCAUUGCAUGCUUGCAUAAUUGUUCGACCUAUGCAAGGGAUCAGAUAUGUACAAACCUGCUUUAGUAACCUGAUACAGUUGUUUGAGCUGCCAGUACAGUUUGUGGAUUUGGAUCAUAUUUUGAAAUGCAUCCUUUUAUUUGUAGGAAAAUGGUGUAUUUUCAUACAACCAGUCCUCCGCGAGAAAUGAAUGCUUUCCUGUAUUCUUAUUUUUGUUAUGAAAUGGGAAGUAACUGAUUUCUACUCUGAACUGUUGUUUAGUUAGACAAUUGCAAAGAGCAAUAUUUCUUAAAUGCCUUAAAUGCCUAGUUCUGAAGUUCAUCUCAAUUAGAAUUUGUGUGCACAAUAUUCUUAUUUAAUAUGCAGUAUGUGUGACUAGGACCAGUUCAAAUGAUUAUAUUGGCUUUAUAAUAAAAGAUAACGAACAAUAUCAUUGAUUUUCUGUAAAUUGUUGUGAGACAUAUAGUGAAAAGCAGGAUUAAGUGCUAAACAAACAAGCCCGUACCCCAUGCACUGAGCCCCUUUGUUCAUCCGUUUGCAAUGUAAGCAAUCAAACCAGGAAGCACCUAAUGAACCAUAGUGCCCUCGGAAACUAGGCUUACGAGCUUUGGAACAAGCUAAGACAGUUAACCCACUUAAAGUAUGGUUUAAUAUUCUAGCUUGUUUCAAAUGUGGUGACCAUAAUUUUUUGGGUUUGCUUAUGCUGCAGAGGGAGGAGCAAAUAAGCUGAGUGUUUGGGCAAAGUCUCAUAUUUAUUACUACUAUAAUAAUUAUAUAUUUAUUUAUAUCCCACCUUUUCCUCUAAUGGUACUCAAGAUGACUUACAGCUAAAAAUAAGAGUCGCUUAUUUCAUCUUAAACUCAUAAAGGAUUGUCUGAAUGUAACCAGUAUUCCACAGAGAAGUAAUGACUGAGUAGUGCUUACUGUUGUAACGCUGAGGUAACUGUCAUAUAUUAAAACUUACUUUCUGAAGCAGAAAAUUGAUGAACUAAAUGGUGAAAAUUAUGGCUGUAUAUGACUUCCAGAUAUGAAAUUUGAUCAUUUAAUUUAGACUGUCACUUUAAAAAAAAACAACCAUAAGAAAAUCAAAUCUGCAUCCAAAUAAUUUGAUGUUGCUGAGGAAUUUAAGAUUCCAAGUUGUAUGAUACUUCAUAAGUGGAAAUAAGUUUGUUUUUCACAUUGGUUGCAAUUCAAUAUGUAUAUCAGUAAAAUGUGUUAUAUGCAUAAAUUCUCAGGUGUGGAUUUUUUAGUUGGCUCAACCAGGCUUUCAUACUAAGACGUGACAAGAGAUCAGCUGUGAUUUUGAACAUUGCUAUUUACAUUGCUUUACUUUUUUUCAAAUAGUUAAAGUCCCUCGUAAUUUUCGCUUGUUGGAAGAACUUGAAGAAGGUCAGAAAGGAGUAGGAGAUGGUACAGUAAGCUGGGGCCUCGAAGAUGACGAAGACAUGACACUUACAAGGUGGACGGGCAUGAUUAUUGGACCACCAAGGGUCAGUACUAUAAGUUAAAUCUUCAUUUAGCGGAACUUUUCAGACAUUUGCAAUGCAUGGUUGUUAACUAUGGGUUAUGCUAUGGGGUGAAUCAACUAAGUCAAAGAGUAGACUCAUCAAUUUCAGGGGAUUAUUCUGAGAACUAUAUAACUUAAUUGGAUUCAGCCCAAAGAUUGAUGAAUAUCAUAAUUCAAUUAGGAAUCUUAUAAGCUAUAACAGAAGUUAGCCCUAUAGCUAACCUUGCUUUUUCACAAUUGGUAACAAUCAUAGAAAGGUGUGGAAUGGUUUCUUAUAGGCCCAGGUCAAUAUGGGGGCCACAUAAUUGUAACAUUAAGGACAAUGGUAUUUUUUUUUACAUUUUAUUGAAUACUAUCAAAUCUGUAUUCAGAUGACAGUGUCUCAUGGUGACUUCUGCUCAAGUUGAAGUGUUCCAAAUGCAUAUUCAGUAGUAUGCAAUUGUGGCCCAGCACAGAUGCAUAGUUCUGUUGUGUGCAUUCAAACAACACAUUGAUGAUAUUAGCUAUCCCUCAUUAAACAAUAAUUUCAGCUCUGCCAAGAAACAGUUUGGACCUUUAGAAACAUGAGAUGUUCUAUUUUGGUUUUUAACUUAUAAUAUACCACUUCAGUGUGUGCCUGUUAGUCACACUGAGCUUAUGGCACCAAAUAUUCUCCCUUCCUUUAGUUUUAUGUGUGCUUGUGUGUGCAGGGAUAACAAACAAAGUAACUUGAUGUGGAUGGUGACAAUUGACAUGGCUAUCCAGUGUACACAGAGUUCUGUUGCCUUCCCCUCCUUUCCCUUUAAGACCUGCAUGUUGGCAGCAGAGCCUGGUAUCAUGCUAGUCACAUCUCAUUUGUUUUGUAUUAUAACCCCAGGAUCUACUCCCAGCAGCUUAGUGUGAAAGAGAUUCAGCCAUUAAUAAAGAACCCAGUAUGCCCUAAUGACAUUCUGAACCUUUCAAAUUUGUUUUCAGUACUGGAACUGAACUGAGCUCAGUUUUUAACACAAGUCCAUGCCUGAUUAGAUUUCAGCAGCCUACUGUAGGUGGGAAAAGUAUUUUUAUUUUAUUUUAUGCUGUUAGGAGGCAGAAGCCUUUGCCAAUCUAUUGCAAAUUAGCUAGAGAUCCACCAGUUAAAGCCUGGUCUACCUUCUCUCCACCCCUUCCAUAAGCCAACAAUCGGCUCUGGCUUUCCCUUUGAACCUUGGCUUGAGAAGGUUGGAGUACCAGCAACAUCUGGAUCACUUCAGGAUACUGUGGCUUUUUGGCUUGGCUGCUCUUGCCAUGCACUCCAAAGGCAGCCCCUACCCUUGCAUUACACCAGACACAAUUAGUCUUUGAAAAUCAGGUAUCUGCAUAUUGUAUGGCUGACAUAUUGCUAAGGGUGGCGCUGUGGGUAAAACCUCAGUGCCUAGGACUUGUCGAUCGCAUGGUCGGCGGUUCGAAUCCCCGCGGCGGGGUGAGCUCCCGUCGUUCGGUCCCAGCUCCUGCCCACCUAGCAGUUCGAAAGCACAAUUAAGUGCAAGUAGAUAAAUAGGUACCGCUUUAUAGCGGGGAGGUAAACGGUGUUCCGUGUGCUGCUCUGGUGCCAGUUCGCCAGAGCAGCUUCGUCACGCUGCCCACGUGACCCGGAAGUGUCUGCGGACAGCGCUGGCUCCCGGCCUCUAGAGUGAGAUGAGCACACAACCCUAGAGUUUGUCAAGACUGGCCCGUACGGGCAGGGGUACCUUUACCUUUACCUAAUAGGAGUAUUCUGGGCAUCCAGGAAUUGGACAGAAAUAUAAUUGCUUUCUGCCCCUAGGCAAAGUUAAGAUUGAUUGUAUUUCUUUGCCGCUUUACAUUCAAAUGAAUCGCAAAGUGGCUUAUAAGCAAUUAAUAUCAAUAACAUGAUAGAGCAUAAUAGAACAACAUAAGUACAGCAUAAAUCAUAUAAAAUAAUUAUCAAACCAAUAUACCAUUACAGUCUAUACAACACUAUUAACAAAGCAGCAACUAAAAAAUAAGGUAAACAUCACAAUUACAGCAAAAGUCAUAUGAUUAACAAAUCAAUUUGUCAUUUAUAAUCUAUAAAUAGCAGCUAAAAAAUAAGCUAAGCACUGUUAAGUUCAUACACAGACUCUCCACACCCCUAUGACUCAUAGUAUUGCAUUCUAUUCAGUUCAUUAAAAUAAACACAAUGCCUGUUGCUAAGCCAGCUCAGCUAGAUGCUGCACUUGAUGGGGUUUUCGGUUAGUGAGCCAUGGUGCAGAUGGUGGUUUUUCGGACCUACCACUGGUGGUAAGGCGGAAGUUGGCUUUGGGUAGCCCACCCAGGCGCCUUUAGUAAGAAAACGGGUUAGAUUACCUGACUGGUUCAGCCAUUUGGUAUGAAUGGUAGCCUUGAAAAUAGGGCUAUGCCUGCAGUAACUUGUUUUACUGGCUUCCGUGAUUCUAGCAUAGAGUAUAUACCAAGUUUUCUGGAUAGCAAAGAAUAGGGUUAGAAAAACUUAUUCUUCGCACAGUUACACACAAAAUUGUAUGAUCUGCCACAAUUUUCAGACAUAGCUAGAUGCUGAGCUUUCUCUUGUAGAUUCAACCUGCAUUAUACUUUGGCCAAAUGUGUGUCUUUUUAUUUUUUAUUAAUCUGCCAGUUUUGCAAACAGAGGACUUCUUCACUUGUGUUUCUCCUUAGGAUGUUCUUAUCUUCUGGCACUUGCACUUCAUUUUCUUCAAUUCCUGAGGAAUUGGAGUGAACUCUUCUCCCCUCACCCUCAUAUAGUUUUCAGUGCAUAUGUGUGUUUCUAGGUAGCACGGGGGCGGGGGGGACAUACCCAAGGAGUAAAAUACAAGAAAUCAUGGGAACAUUGGUAGGAAGAGGUCAUGGUGAACUGCAAAUUUGGAGGAAGCUGCUAUAAGCCAAGAGUAAAAUUCUGACCAAAGAUAGAGAGGAUUUGGUACUAAUAUUAGGACUGGUUUCCUUUUAUUUUAGUUUUGAAGAUCAUUUAUAAAAUUAGCAGCAUUGUUGUGGAGCAGCAUCAAUCAUUGUUUCUGCUUCAGCAUCACACAUACUGAAUGUCUUAAAGUUAGUAUCAAUUUGAAUUUGUUUUGAUCCCAUUUUACUGUAGUUGCAUUAAUUAUAUGUAGAGACUGAGAGCAGCUAGGGCAAGGCAAUUCUAGUUCUGUUUCCCCAAAACUGACCUGUCAAUGUGCUUACUUAAACAUCUUUGACACAGUAGUCAAAGCUUAGGCAAAUCUGCCUUUUCUGAGAAAAGGGGAUCCCAGCAAUGAUAGGAUUUGAGGGUGUUCUGGUCAGUGUUGUGGAAGGAAUAGUAAAUAUUCCUGGAACUCAGUCUAAAUCUAGCUAAAUGGUAAGAAGCAGUCUGGGUAAGUGAUGAGAAAUUAUAUACUAAAAUUCUGUGGGCAGCUUCUGUCUUCUCUGAAGAUGAAGGGAUAGGGCAUCUAUGGGAUAGGGAAAGGUUUUAAUUUAGUUAGUUUGGAUGGUCACUGAGCACUGAGCCCAGUAGGUUUUUGAGCAGCGGUAGUGAAUCUCGGGCCCUCCAAGACUCUCUGGACCUUGGAACCUUCCCUUGUCCACAUCCCUCACCAACACUUCUUGUGUGCUUCUCAAGUGCUGUUGCCUGAGGGGGGGAUGUAUGUUUGAAUUGUGAUAAUGGCUCUUGCUUGCCUGGAUAGAGGUUGGUGUUUGGGUGUGUAGAAAGCUGACUUUUGCAUGGCUGAAAUGUAAUCUACUGAAAGGGGUAACGAGUCACAGCCACUGCUCUGCUGACUUUUGCCUACAUUCCCACUCAGUUUUGCAUCUGGGUGCAUGCACCAUUGACAUGUUGCCUGCCUCCCAAGGUUGCCCAUGAGAGAAUGUGGCCUUCAUGGAGAGAGAGGUUCUUCACCCCAAUGUAGAACAUUCAUGAAGGGAAUUCUCAAAUCUAUAUUGUCUCUCCCCCGGCAAAAAAAACCUACGGUAUAUGCAGUUUCAUUUAAAACAGUUCUGUGUCACCUUCCUACUGCGAAGCCUUCAAGGUGACCUAUAAAAAUUCAAAUGCAACCAUAAUGGAACCCACAACAAAAUUACCAUUUAUGAAUUAUACCCAGUUGUGCCUGUCUGUGUGUGGAAUGCUUGCCCAACAGGACUUCCUCAUUCUUCCAUUCCUCCUGCAGCCUCUCACACUUCCAUUUCGCUGCUUCUGCUUGUUUCAGUUUUUAAGCAAUCAAGAUGAAAUUGCACUGUCUGAUUACUAGAGUGACCCCUGGUCACAAUUUUCCCAGAUUAAUUUGAUAUGCAUAUUUGUUCGGAGUGUUCAGUAAUUGGAGUACUUCAUCCACACUGAGAUCAGAAUGAGUCAUAAGGUAGUUUUGACAAUGCCAUAUAGUACACAAUUCAGAUUCUUCAGUAACUAAUAAACUAGAACGUAAUUUUAAUUUUAAUGAUAAGCCACUUUACUCAGUGAAAUAAUAAAAGAGUUAAAUAUUGUUUUUAGGGCUGACAGGUGUUGUGAAGGAACCAACAUUGUAUUUCAGAUCAGGGAGAUGCCUUGAGUGGGGUCGUUGUGAACUAGGUAUGUAUAUACAGGCCCAGGAUCCACAAGGCUACUGCAACACAUGUGGAAAGUAGGAGGAGAUAGGUUCUCAUAUGUGUAAGGGAAGAAGCUUCUUAAUUGCAUGGGUGAUGUUUUUUGGAAGGUCUUUCCACUAUUAUGGGUAUUGGGCUUCUUUACUCAAGCACAGUUCAGUUUGGAAAGCAAGCGUGAUUACCUUCCUCUUUAUCUCAGCAACUACUAGAUGCAGAAGCCUAUGAAGCCUAUCCUAAGUUCUGUCGCUUCCUUCCUCCCAAUUUUGGUUUGUUGCAAAGUUCUGUUUGAGGUUACUGGCUGCCUUCUGCCACCUUUCUUCUGCGUUUACAUGUAUAUAUUUCUCACAGUUUCUCUAUUAAAAAUGGAUCCUUUGAAUGAUGGUGGCAUUGAGGUUGGCUGUUUUGUGAGUAUUAAGGGGAAGAUACAUCUAGGUUUUUCAUUUUAUAAAAAUCUUUGGGCAAGAAACCUGAAAUAAUGGUUACCAGGUGAAGGGAGAAAAUCUGCCAUGAAAUGAUAACACCAGUUUCUUCUUGCUAAGUCUUAGUUAAGCUGAACCUCCUUUGUUGCUUUAGUAUUAUAAGAUAUUUAUUUGACCCAAUCCUGCUAGUGUUAUCUACGUAUCUCUAGAUGGCUGGAGAACUGGGGAUAUAUACAAGCCAUGUUCUUCAGCUAGUCUGCAUUAAAAUAUUAAAAUUUCACCAGUCAGCUGUUAGGAGAGAGCAGGAAGCUGAAUUUACCUGCUACCCCUCUUUCCUGCCAAACAGCUGGUCAGCAGAAUCUUACCAAUUUUGAAACAGCUCUGCACACAAUCCUUGAGAUGGGGAUGACUGACUUUGUUUCAGUAUUGUUAUUUGGAAUGCAUAUUAGCUUUCAGUAUGAUUAAUUCUUUUUUUCCCUCCUCUGUUUACUAGACAAAUUAUGAAAACAGAAUAUACAGCUUGAAAGUAGAGUGUGGGCCUAAAUAUCCAGAAGCACCUCCAACAGUUAGAUUCGUAACUAAAAUUAAUAUGAAUGGAAUAAAUAAUUCCAAUGGAAUGGUAAGAUGGAAUGCAAGAUGAUCAAGCCAGUUUAUUUUUUGCAGAAAAGCUGAUAAGGAUUCUGUUUCUUUUUUUGUAAAUUGUGCUGUCAUAUUAUGUGUUGGUGGUACCUAUGGUCAAGGGGUUGCAUCCACAUUUAGUCAUUUUUAGAGCAGACCCAUUGAAAUUAGUGAAACUUAAGUUUGUCAUGAUGACUUUGCCCCAUUGAUUUCAGUGGGGUUUAUUCUGACCAAGUCUGGAUCCAUACCAAAGUUAUAAAGUCACAGUAAAAACAAGAGGCUUAAUCAAUUUUAUGUGGUGUGAAAUAGUUAAAGGAAUGGAAAGCAUUUUUUAAAAAUUGUGACUGCCAACAUUAUCAACUUCUUACAUUAGUAAACAUUUUGUGUAUAGGAACGUGCCAAAGCCACAAAUCUCUUUCUCUGUGUAGGAGAUUCAUCUAGGAAAUGUGUAAUGUUUGGCAUGCCCUUGGGUCCACAUAUUAUAAUUUUACAAUUGGAGCCAUAAUUUGGAGUACUGCAAAUUAAAGGAAAUCUAUUCAUCAAUUAUAGUUUGCCUUUGCUGUCAUGUUAAAUAAUUAAAUUUUACAAACUUAGUCCUUUUAGCUCCCAUUUUUCUAUUAUGAUCAAUCCAACUAAAGCUGCAGAAGUUGCCCAGUGAAAAUGACUCUUUGAGUCUCUCUCAGUCAAGUACAGGAAUAAAUUUAAAGCAACAGCACAUCUGUUGUCUGUGCUUGCUCUGUAUCAGUUGUGUUGGUUUCUCCCCCAGUUGAGUAGGCCAUUGAUUUCUGUGUAAUGGACUGAAAAUCCAUUAAAUGGGAGCUGUAGACUUGCAAGUAGGUUGCUGAUUUGUGAGUGAACAGUCAGGUAAAAACUGAACUGAUGAAUCCCAAACAAACUUAAAGUUAUAUUGGAAUUUUUUUAGGAAGAACUGUGAUCUAGCUCUAAAAUAUUCUGUAUGGAUCAGGGGUGGCUAACAUUUUUGGGGGUUUGUGUGUCAUCCAAGAUCUACAUUUGCUCUUGGCCAACACUCUGGAGGCUGAAUGUCAGCAGGUGGUGUGGCUGCUCACACUCACACAUGCAUGCACAAAUGUACAGGGCCCACUGCUCCUGUGGGUCUGAUUCGUGCCAUCUGAUUGAGAAAGGGCUCUCUUGCCCCUUCCCUGCUCAUCAGAUGAUUGAGACUACUGUGAGACUGCUGGGGUGGGCAGAGAGGUUUACCCAUCCUCCGCAGCCCCUUGUCACAUUUAUUUUUAUUUUUAAUUAUGGACUUGGCAAUGUGGGGGACAGCGGCAGAAAUUUACUUGGUGGCCAGUGGCUAGCCACCCUCAAUACAGACCCUCUAUAGAAUGUCCUGUAGUAUAAAAAUUCAUUGUGGAAGUACUGUGAGAUCUUGACUGUUGUAUAUCCCAGACCUAUAAACACAUUUUCUGGGGUUGCUUUUUUUUCAUGGCCUUUAGGGGUUUCAUACAUUCUUUACUUAUUAAAGAAACAGUAUUCUUUGUUACCUUGCUGAUUCAUCACAAUAGUUUCUGUUUUAUAUUCCAACAGCUGCAAGUGUAUAUUCUAAGCUCCUUGAAUUGUAUCCAAACUCAAAUUAUUCAUAAGAGACAGAAUAGUUGGCCUGUUUUUCUAAGGAUGAAUUCAUAGAGAGGUUAAAUCGCUUCCGCUCUAUCCAAUAAUUAAUUAGUUGAUGCAUGCUGACAUUUACAUGUUUCUGUUGACUAUGUUGCUAAGCUAAAAUGGUCAGUUUUUACUAACCUAUCCAUGAGAUAUGACAAAACAUUAUUUUCACCUGCCUUCCUCCUCUUGAAUUGUUUAACAGGAGAUGCCAAAUGUUUUGAAAACUUUCCCUGAAUAGCUAUAAAAACUAAAAAAUCUUCAAAAGGAGCCACAAAUUCUCAUCCUUGACAUUUGUAUCCAUAGUGGUUUAUGAUGAGUCACAGUGAUAAUUAAGGCCUCAAUCCUACCACUUCUGUACUAGUGCAGCUAGUGUUAGCACCAGACCAUAAGAGCAGGUGGCUGGUGUUUAGGUUGUCUGAAAACUCAAUGCAAGCAUGCUACUACAGUUAUGGAAUUGGUUAUUUUAUGUGCCUUACUUAAAUGUACACUUUCUUUCCUUACAGGUGGAUGCACGAAGCAUACCAGUGUUAGCAAAAUGGCAAAAUUCUUAUAGCAUUAAAGUUGUACUUCAAGAGCUAAGGCGUCUAAUGAUGUCCAAAGAAAAUAUGAAGCUUCCACAACCUCCAGAAGGACAAACUUAUAACAAUUAAUUUUAGCUGAAUCCCAAACUUGUCUUAAACAACUUCUACUUAUGUUUAAUGUCUUGAUUCAAUCUCACAAUGCAAACCACCCACACAUUAAGAGUUUCUGCUGGUGUACGUGAUCUGGACAUUUGAAAGAAUAUAUAUAUGUAUAUGUAUGCCCCAUAUGUUUUCAGGCACAAGCAGAGAAAAAAAAAGGCAGCACAAUUAUUUUUCCUCUUUACCAAGGCACUAUAAUUUUAAGCAUAAACCUGAAGUAGCCUAAAAUUGGAGCUCCGGUGUUUCAAGACGAAAGCAUGACAGGAAGUGUCAGGUUGCUGUGGAAUAAUGUUUCAGAAAACUUUUUCUCAAGAAGAAAAAAAACAAAUGGCAUGCUUUAUCCAUCUUGCUUUAGUAAAAGAGCUGCAGAUAAAAUUGUUUCAGUAGCAGGUACUGCAAAUACCAUUGCUCAACUUGUUUAAUUUUUGCAAAGGUGUGGGUGCUGACUGCUAGUAGUGUCACAGAAUACGGUCAGGAUUGUUUUGAUACUUGUAUUUAUAAAAUGGGGAAAUGAUUUUCUUUUAAGCGGCUCCUGUGUGUUACAUGUAAUGGACAUUGCAAAUAUUUGUUUACAGUCUUUGUUCUAAUAAACCAUGCAUUUAAGUUUUAGUGAAGCAAAACAAAAAAGGAAAAUAGGUGUAUGGAUAUGUGAUUGAGAAUAAAAUUAGUCUUCAAAUGUAAAUAAAAUGUGGAAAGUAUUUGAGGCUGUGCUUAUCUCUCUGUUUAAGUUGUGCCAGUAGUACCUUGCAGCACUAAGAGGUCAGAUGUUGCUCCUAAUCUAUGGCAGUGUUCCACUCACUUACUUUAUAUCUUAGGCUGUUGAAGUGAUUUCAGCCAAGCCAGAUCCUUAGUCUAGGCACAAGUUAGGUUCUACAUGUGUAAUACUUUUUAAGACAAAACACAAAAUAUUGAUGACAGAAUGGAUAUCCAGUUGUAACUUUACUGCUUUCAUAACUGCUCAUGCCCAUGUAUUUCAUAUUAUUGCGAUGCUUUAUUGCUUUUUUUAAAAGCAGGUUUGCUAUUAAAAACGAUGGGUUAUAUUCCACAGUGUCACUUAGGCUGACACUACAACUUCUGUUAGUUGAAUGAUUAGGGGAGCAAUUUUGGGCUUGGUUAGGGACCCUCCAAAUCAGAUGUAGGGGGAACACAUGAAGCGUCAGGGGGAAAUCACUGAAAAUUGCUUCUCCUUAUUCCAAUGACUGAAGCCUUAUACUCAGCUAUCAAAUACAACCCUGUGAGAAUAGGAGAAAAGAAAACUGUUGGUAAGCAUUUCAGUGCUAUCUUAAAGUACUUUGGUGUUGCUGCUAGAAGGUUCGGGAGGUUUAGAGGAGCAGGAUUGCAGUUCUUGGAUUGGCUGCCCUAAAAUAAUCAUUUAAAAAAUAUAUCCAGUUGCAUGGACAGGUGCACAGAUGACCUCUCUUCAGCAAAAAGAACAUACCAGUGGAAGGCUGCAGUGUGGAUAAUUUGCAAGAGAAGACCCUUUUAGAAUGAAAAGUUACCUGGAGCUUGCAUAUAUACACUUGCUAGGCAUGCUGUGGUCACUGUAUUGACCAGUCUCUGCAUUAUGAGUGCAAUCUUUUCCCUUCCUUGAGCCAUUAGAAUAGGUGUGGGAGACCUUUGACUCAUGGGCAAACUUGGCCCUCUAGGUCUCCUCUCCUCGUGUAACUGACAUUACUGCAAAGGGAUAAUCAAGCUUAAAGUGAGCUCCUGAUUAUUCAUUUGCUGGAGCAAGAUAUGUUCCCAUCAUUGUGAGCUCAUGGGUAAGGGGAACGCAGCUCUGAUAGCACCAAGCUAGACCUUUCCAUGUUAGCAGUUUCAAAGGAAACAACUUGAGUGUUGUUGGAAUAAAUUGCCCCCUCCUUUCACUUCCCCAUCAUCGCACCUCAGCCUUUUGAGAGCACCCCAGUUCUUCCUGCCAAUGAAUUGCUGCCUGUAAUCCUGUUUUGAAGCUUUUAACAAAGCAAUAAAAUGGUCUGGGACCCAUCCUCUGGUAUCACCUGUUACCUGCUCCUGUGCCUAUACAUAUGCACAUGUGAACCUGCAUCUUACAGGCAUGUUCAGUUGGGGGGAUCUUUACUAGAGGUGAUCUACAUCUACUGUGGCUUGAACCAUUAGUAAAGAAAAAGCAAGAUGGUUGUAAGUUACACAGGCUACCCCAUGGCCUGGACCAUAAGCUGAAACACUUCCUAUCACAGAAUGCUAUUGCAGCUAGUAGUCACUUCUGAAAAUUAGGGAAACUCAAAUGGGUUGCUCUUGAGUCCUGCUUUUGGGAUUUUCAUAGGCACCCAUAGGCUAUAUCCAGCUGGACUCUUCUUGUGUUCCUAUGAGAGCUUUCCUUACAUGGAUUAUGUUGUGUAGUCAUUUAGUCGUGUCCAACUCUUCGUGACCCCAUGGACCAGAGCACACCAGGCACUCCUGUCUUCCGCUGCCUCCCGCAGUUUAGUCAAACUCGUGCUGGUAGCUUCGAGAACACUGUCCAACCAUCUCGUCCUCUGUCGUCCCCUUCUCCUUGUGCCCUCCAUCUUUCCCAAAAUCAGGGGCUUUUCCAGGGAGUCUUCUCUUCUCAUGAGGUGGCCAAAGUAUUGGAGCCUCAACUUCACGAUCUGUCCUUCCAGUGAGCACUCAGGGCUGAUUUCCUUAAGAAUGGAUAGGUUUGAUCUUGCAGUCCAUGGAACUCUCAAGAGUCUCUUCCAGCACCAUAAUUCAAAAGCAUCAAUUAUAGGUGGGCACUAAGGAGCCAGACUGUAUGCAGUGGAGGUCUAAAGCCACCAGGGGGAGAAGCUCAAAUGGAAAUAACAGAUUUUGUGUAUGUAGAGAUCAGGAAAAUGAGAAAGGCACAGAGAAGAAGCAAGAUCCUACAAUUACCUGUCCUGUGGGAUGAAGGGCAGAGAGAAGUCUGAAUUUCACUGUGACUUAUACAUGCACUGUCAUGACUAGAUUAAGAGUUAUUGGCAAAGGCUAAGCAGUGGAGGGCUAAUCUUCCUGGAUGUCUGAUGCAUUCAGUUUUCUAGGCUCAAGCUAUUGAUAAGGUGGUUGAAGAUAAGGUAGCAUUUGUAGGUCAUCCUUGAGCUAAAUCUGCUCAACUCUGGGUUCUUUGGGACCCUCCAAAAAAGUUCAAAAAUUUUAAAAAGGGUUUUGGGGGCAAUAAUGGUAAUUUGUGCUGUUUGAAAUAGUUCUGACUGACCUGAAGAGAAAACUAACUGCUGAGAAGCAAAGGAAUGGAGCAGGGAGGCAGGGGUGUAAGGGGCCUAGCUUGGUUGAAGAAGUCUCGCUUCUGCAAGUAUCUAUGGAGUGAGCGCAAGCUUGGAAAAGGAUGGUGCAGAAAACACUUCUGGAGGAUCUCCAAAACGUAGAUCAGUGUCCUGGGUAGGAUGCUGAACAAUGUGGGAACUGAGAGGUGCCUAAUUAUAGGAAUUAAGCUUCCUAACUGGCAUUAAAUAAAUAAUGCCAGUUAUUUAUAUAUAAAUAAAACAAAUUAGCUCCAACGCAAAGACCAGGGCAGGACUGGACAGAAGGGACUUUUAAAAGAUACAAGUAGUAAAUUGUCAACAAGUCAAUCACAUGUCACAGCCAGGUGAUUAGAAAUGUUUCAGAGGAAAUGCAUAUUUAGAGACUUAAUCCAGUUACAGGGGAAGAUGUCCGGUGGAGGAUGCCUCUUUCUAGGUUCUUAGUAAGAAAUAAGAGUGUUUGCAUUAGAUACAGAAGUUCAGGAUAUAUAAUUAACCUUUUUGCCAUUAAUUUUAUGACUUGUGCAAAGGCUGUUUGAGAAUUGAAUUACCGUAAGCCGCUACAGCUUCCCCUCAUGGGACUGACCUUAUACCACUGUCUCUGUUUAUUUGCAAUAGUACUGCACUCUUUUACACAGAACAAAGCCAAAAUAAAUGUUUAGUUUCAGGGCAUAUGCAGAGUUCCAGUUGAAGUGAUAUUCUUGGCAAUGUGCCACUACCAGCUUUCAUGUUUCUGCAACCUCUUUAUUGUGUUCUAAUCGUAUUAAAUAUCACCCCAGUACUUAUUAGUAAAUGAUUUUAAAGCU